UAUUCACAGAGAUGCCAUGUGAGCAUUACCUUGUUGUGGCUCAGCUUGUCCUGGCCUCUGCUCCAGAAGAUAUACCAAACUCACAACAGGUCAAAACACUUGUAAAGGAUAUAUGGGAUCUGAGAAUCUCCAAGUUACGGUCAUCUGUAGCUGAAUUCAUCCAGAGUGAAGGAACUCAUGCUAAGCUAGAUCACUUAACUCUUUUGGAAAUCAAUAGCAUCCGACCCUUCCUGCCGCACGCCCUCGAUCAGCUGCACCGUCUGUCCAAAGCAACUAACAACAGUGCUCUUAGCCAGACUCAAGAUUUCUGAUUUAGUGUAGUUGUUUUCAUUCGUUUUCUCUCAAAGUCUAUUUUGGUUUCUCUGUGUUUCAAGGGUUGGGAUUUAUUUAUUUAUUUAUUUUUAUUUUUUUUUUUUUUUUUUUUUUACUGGGAUUAGUUUUUUAACUGGAAUGAAUUUUGUUCAGCUAGAAAAAGUUUGUUAUAGAUCAUUAUUAUCAAGUUAUUUUUAUAAUAUUUUUGAUACCCUUCUAAGAAUGCAUUGAGUGUUUUUUUUUUUGUAAAUGCUUAAGCUGGUAAUGACAUAAUAUAUUUUUAUAAUAUUUGUAUCGAGUAUUUCUAAAGGGUUUAUGAUAUAUUUGAAAUGUGGAUUCUUGGUAACCUGUACUGAUGUCCAAAUAUAGAUUUCUAUGUCUUGUA